AUGUUGCUAAGUCAUGAGGCUGAGGGUAGUCUUGAUCUGAGCAGAGGUGUGUGUCUUGAUGGUGAGUCUGGCAGAGAGGGAUUGUCGAGAGUACAGGAGCGAGGUAUUGAUGAGAGACUAGUGUCUGUAGGGGUUAUGGUGAAGGGGGUGGGGGUGGGGCCAAUUGAAGACAGGUUGGAUGAGGAAGAGAAGGGCAAGCAGGAUGAAGAUGAAGCAGCAGCUGUGGUGGCUGCAACAGAAGAAGAGGAAGACCAGAUCACUCUUGCUCCAAUGAAGAAGAACUCCAGCACCGGUCUGCUGCAAGAUGGUCUUGCUGCUGUUGAUGUAUUGUUUCAGUGA